ACUAAACUACGAAGAGGCGGAUGUUCUAGGCGGUAGUUUCGUCUCUUUACAGAUGAGUUAGCUAACUGGCUUGUUGUAAUGCAGUUAGCUAGGUAUCUAAUUGUUUUUUUCCACUGAAUUUUACAGUGAUUUACAAAUACUUAGUGAGAUAGAUAGCUAGCUAAGAGUAAAAUAUUUUAGCUGGCUAAGUACUUCAUAUUGGCAGUAACCCAUGCAAAUAGGAAUGUGUCCUUGUAGCACUAGUUAGCUAGCUUGUUGGCUAAAUUAGUUAUUCUUGGCUACCAGCUAGCAUAGAUGACUGUAGAUGUGAAUAUUGAAUGAGGUCCAGAACGGCACCUAACGUCAAAUGUAACGUCUGAAUCUGUCAAACGAUGAUGCAUACGCAAUGAAUAUACUUAUUCGCUUACAUUACUGCAGAUGUAUUAACUAGCUAUCCUAGCUCACGUUACCGUAGCCACGUUUGAAUGGUGCUGCAAGCUAGCAAACGCUAGUUAGCUGGUCGACACGGUACCAUGGCAAGUGUCCACGAAAGUUUGUAUUUUAACCCGAUGAUGACAAACGGGGUAGUGCAUGCAAAUGUGUUUGGGAUAAAAGACUGGGUUACCCCCUAUAAAAUUUCCGUCCUGGUGUUGCUGAACGAAAUGUUCAUGUCCAAACGCAUGACACUUCUGGAGAGAAGACGUUUGAACAAACUAAUUCUGCCGCUACAACAGGGUCCAGACUUGACACUUGGGCAGCUUUUGAAGACUAUUGAUGAAUGCUGUCCCAAAACGGCCUAUGCCGUCAAGAUAAGGCUGUAUGUGAUGGCGGGUGAGGAACUGACGGAUAUGGAGUCCUUCUUCUACGGUCUCCUAAGACCCUUCGGUGAUCUUGACUCAGAGUCUUGCAAGACCAGUGUAGUUGGUCUAUUCAUCAGACAUAUGCACCUGGCCUACAAUAAGCUCUCCUUCAGCCAGGUGUACAAGCUCUAUACAGCUCUUCAGCACUACUGCAAUGGCCACUGCAGCCCAGGCCCUGAUGGCAAGCCCAGCCUCUCUGCCUCAGCCAUAGAGGACACAGACAUGGAGCUGACCAACACCGAGGAUACCAUCGAGGGAAAGCUGGAGAAAGAGGAGCUGCACAGUGCUCCACUUCACGACUCUGAGCUAGUUAAUGAGGAUGCCCCAAGCAGAGGACCUCUUUCUCAGAAGCAAGCCGAGUAUUUUCUUGCGCGACAGGCGUACCUUCUGAAAAACGAUGAGAAUAAAGCCCUGAAGCCUGCAGCGCUGCAGGAGGAGCUGAACAACAUGCUGAAGUUCAACCCGGACUUUGCAGAAGCGCAUUACCUGAGCUACCUGAACAGCAUGCGGGUGCAGGACAUCUUCAUCUCCACACACAGCCUCCUGCACUACUUUGACCGGCUCAUACUGACGGGAGCCGAGGGGAAGAGCAACGGGGACGAAGGCUACGGCCGGAGCCUGCGCUACGCUGCGCUGAACCUGGCCGCCCUGCACUGCCGCUUCGGUCACUAUCAACAGGCCGACCUGGCUCUGCAGGAAGCCAUCCGCAUCGCCCAGGAGUCCAACGACCAUGUGUGUCUCCAGCACUGUCUGAGCUGGCUGUACAUGCUCGAGCAGAUGAAGGGGUCAGACAGCUCGGUGCUGACUGAGGACUCUGUGAGAAUGGCCGCCCACUUCUGCCUUCCCUACCUGGCCUCUUUAGGGAUCCAGUCCCUGGUCCAGCAGGGGGCGAUAGGGGGCAAGGCAGCAAACAAACUGAUGGAUGCCCUGAAGGACACAGACAUACUGCACUGGAAGCACAGCCUGUCAGAGCUCAUUGACAUCAGCCUGGCACAGACCACUUCCAUCUGGAGGAUGUACGGCAAGAGCACCAUGGCCCUGCAGCAGGCCCAGCUGCUGCUGAACAUGAACAGCCUGGAGCCCGUCAGCUUCGGCGUGCAGCAGAACAACACCGAGGCCUUCGCCGUGGCCUUGUUUCACCUGGCGGAGCUGCACGCAGAGCAGGGCCUGUUCGGUGCAUCAGCUGAGAUCCUGCAACACCUGAAGGAGCAGUUUCCGCCUCACACCAAGCACGCAGAGCUCUGGAUGCUAUGUGACCUGAAGAUCCAGUUUGAGAGAGCAAUGAAUGAUGGGAAGUAUCACCUGGCAGAGCCCCAUGUUAAAGCCAUUGCUGCUCUGAACCAGACGGAAGGCUUGUACAGGAAGGCGCUGGUGCUGAAGGCCCAGAACCAGACCACAGAAGCGUACAAGGUCCUGCAGCAGCUGCAGCAACACUGCGAGAAGACCAAGUGCACAGAGAUGAUCAUACGGGUGAUGCUGUCGACGGCCGAGCUGCACUGGGAGUCCUCGGGCUUCGCCACAGCGCUCCCCCUCCUCCUCCAGGCCCUGGCUCUGGCCCGACAGCACCACCUGCAGUCCCUGGCCUCCGAGACCAUUCUGCACCUGGCCUUCUCCCAGCUGAUGCUGGGCAUCCCAGAGCAGGCCCUGAACAUCCUGCACGAGGCCAUUGAGCCCAUCCUGGCCCACGGAGCCGUCAUACACAAGGGCCGCGCCCUGCUGCUGGUCGCCAAGUGCCAGAUCGCCAUGGCCGGGGCCCCGCCUGGCGACCACAGACGAGCAGCCCUGGAUAUGGCAGUGCAGACCCUCGACGAGGCCGCCGCCUACUUCUCUAGGCUGGGCUGCAAGGAGCGCCUUCGGGAGGUGCACUACCUGCAGGCUCAGGUGCACCUCUCCCUGGGCCACGUGCCCGAGCGCAACAAGUGCACCAUGCUGUUCCGCCUCCUGGACCAGGAGCUGCCGUCCUCCGGGGCCUCCCUCAUCACCCGCCUGUGAGCGGGGCCUCCCUCAUGGCCUGCCUGUGAGCGGGGCCUCCCUCAUCACCCGCCUGUGAGCGGGGCCUCCCUCAUCACCCGCCUGUGAGCGGGGCCUCCCUCAUGGCCUGCCUGUGAGCGGGGCCUCCCUCAUCACCCGCCUGUGAGUGGGGCCUCCCUCAUCGCCCGCCUGUGAGCGGGGCCUCCCUCAUCGCCCGCCUGUGAGUGGGGCCUCCCUCAUCGCCCGCCUGUGAGCGGGGCCUCCCUCAUCACCUGCCUGUGAGCGGGGCCUCCCUCAUCACCCGCCUGCGAGCGGGGCCUCCCUCAUCACCCGCCUGCGAGCGGGGCCUCCCUCAUCACCCGCCUGCGAGCGGGGCCUCCCUCAUCACCCGCCUGCGAGCGGGGCCUCCCUCAUCACCCGCCUGUGAGCGGGGCCUCCCUCAUCACCCGCCUGUGAGCGGGGCCUCCCUCAUCACCCGCCUGUGAGCGGGGCCUCCCUCAUCACCCGCCUGUGAGCGGGGCCUCCCUCAUCACCUGCCUGUGAGCCUUCCUCUCGGAGAACGCCCAGGAGAACUGCCACCAGUCUGUCUUCUCGCCUCAGUGCAAGAGCACAGGGAGUUAAAAUCACUGUAUUUGUUUAAUAAAGGCAAUGUCUUUAGUUUUAA